UUGCCCCCCCCCCCCAUUCGCAUCCCUCGCAUGUUGGCGAAACUGGGUCUUAGCGCACCUGCACUAUUGUUUUGGGGUUGUAUCCACUUCUGCGCUUCGCAUCCCAUCCUCAGGCUGAGAGACUACUUUUGGGCCGUUUGCAUUUCAUUCAUAUCCCUCCCCACGGAAUCAGUCCCUCACUUCUUCACAGACGAUUCCGCACUCUCCUCUCUGACCAGCCUACCAAUCCCUCUCACAGGUCAUCAUACAACAAUACUGCCCUUCAUGCAGGGACUUAAACGUUUGCAAGAGGCCAUCGAAAGGCAUCGAGAAAACAAGGACAUCAACAUCAAGUACAAGACGCCCCUCACCAGUAAGUCCAUUCCGUGCUCGUCUCAGCUCUCCCCGUCAGCCUCGCUCUUAUUAUUCCCUCCACCGUCUCCAGCCUGGACACAAGAGUGAGAAUUGUCGCUAACAUUGAGGUCUUCUCAUCCUCCAGUUCGCAACGUGAAUACCUUUACCGACGAACAAGCCAUCGACGAUGCCUGUAACCCAAUUCGCUGUGACCGACACGUACGAAUAUCUGAAUGGGUUCGGGGGGUACAAAGAGAGUGAAGCAAUACAAGGCACGCUGCCACUAGCGGCGAACUCUCCUCAAAAAUGCCCGUACGGCCUGUAUAACGAGAAGUUGUCAGGCACGGCUUUCACUGCGCCACGAGACGAGAACCAGCAGACAUGGCUCUACCGAAUCCUCCCUUCUGCUAGCCAUCAGAAUUUCCAGCCGGUCCCUUCCUCCUCCUCGCAGUCCCUGAUCUCUCCUACUCCCAGUUUCGGCACACAUUUCAACGCGAUUCCGAACCAACUGAGAUGGGACCCCUUCGACUUCGACAAAGAAGUGUCAUGGAUCCACUCUCUGCACCUAGUGGCUGGCGCAGGAGAUCCCACCAUGAAACAAGGCCUGGGCAUCUACAUCUACGCCUGCGGCCGCAGCAUGCCGGAGAAGACGGCAUUCUACAGCGCCGACGGCGAUUUCUUGAUUGUUCCACAACAUGGGGUGCUUGACAUCCGAACCGAAUUUGGCAAGAUGCUGGUGCGGCCGAACGAAAUCUGCGUCAUUCCGCGGGGAAUUCGAUACCACGUUACACUGCAUAACAACGAACCCGCGCGAGGGUACAUCUGUGAAUUGUACCAAGGCCACUUCAAAUUGCCCGAGUUGGGCCCCAUUGGUUCCAAUGGGCUGGCCAAUGCACGCGACUUCCAGACGCCAGUGGCCGACUUCAUCGAAGACUACGAGAACACCGAAUGGACGCUGUACGGCAAAUUUGGUGGGAACCUGUUCUCGGCCAAACAGUCGCACACCCCAUUCGACAUUGUUGGCUGGCACGGAACUUACUAUCCAUACAAGUACGACUUGGGCCGCUUCAACCCUGUGGGCAGUAUCUCGUACGAUCAUCCGGACCCUUCCAUCUUCACCGUCCUGUCUGCACCAUCACAUCCUCAUGGAGCGGGAACGGCCGUGUUGGACUUUGUCAUCUUUCCCCCUCGAUGGCUGGUGGCCGAAAACACCUUCCGGCCUCCAUGGUACCAUCGCAACACCAUGUCCGAGUUCAUGGGGUUGAUCAUGGGGAACUACGAUGCCAAGGGGGCCGGCAAGGGUGGGUUCCAGCCAGCGGGAGCGAGUUUACAUAACACGAUGAGCGGGCAUGGACCAGACAUGCAGACGUUUGAAAAGGCGUCGACGAUGGAUUUGCCGCCGCAAAAAGUGGGCGAAGGCAGCAUGGCGUUCAUGUUUGAGAGCUGCUUGAUGGUUGGUGUCACCGAGUGGGGACUGAAGACCUGCCAGAAAGUGCAAGAGACAUACAACGCGCAUUCUUGGGAGCCAUUGAAGGUGCAUUUCAAGCGACCGGAAUCGUCGCACGGCGUUAGCAACGGGGCCAAGAAGGCCACGACAUGAAGAACAUUAUAAGACCGUGGACGACGCCCGGUGGCGGCUAUAGCAAUGACCGUGUGUAUAUUGAUACAGUUGUUGCAUCUUCGACUGUAACCGAAAAGUCCCAAAACAUGAUACCCCUAAAAUACCUAUCUAUGCCACAUGCA